UUUUCAGCAUAUGCGUAGAUGGUCGGGGGCGUGCGAUUGCUGACCUGCGGUCGCUUGGCCGUAAGGGCCGUUUUCUCAGCUUCUGCCUUAGAUAUUGGAUCUGCUGUUGCAACAACAUGCACGGAUCCACCUAUUCCCAAACGAAAUUUGAGCACUGCACCUGCACGGGGUGAGAAUCCCGUUCCAGCUCCACCACCUCCCCCACCUGUAGUGGCAAGCUGUGCCGGUUUUCCAAAGGAUAUGCAAAAGGGACCUUCUACAGUAUUGGACUCCGGCGUUUAUGGUGAUGAUGCAUGUUUCAUCUCACGGUUCAAGAAUACAUUUGUUGUAGGUGUUGCGGAUGGUGUUGGAGGUUGGCGUAAAUAUGGGAUCGAUCCUUCACAGUUUAGUCGCAAACUGAUGAAAGAAUGCGAGAAGCGUGUUAGCAGUGGCGACUUCGAUCCAAAGAGGCCUGAAACACUGCUGGAGAAAGCUUUCAAAGCUACCGCAGAAUCUCCGCGGCCAGUUGGUUCUUCAACUGCAUGCGUCUUGGUCGUUCAUCAGGAGAUGUUAUACUCUGCGAAUCUUGGAGAUUCUGGCUUCAUGGUAGUGAGAGAUGGACGCGUACUCACCAAGAGCGAAGAACAAGUCCAUUAUUUCAAUGCACCUUUCCAACUCACUCUUCCUCCUGAAGGUUAUCGCGGUUUUAUUGGAGACACACCUGAUCUGGCUGAUAAAUCAGAGAUACGAGUACAAAAGGGUGACAUCGUACUUUUGGCCACUGAUGGUCUUUGGGAUAACCUCACUGAACAACAUGUUCUGGAUCAGCUGCGGCCAUUGAUCGAGGAGAAAGCAACUGUGCAGGAGGUGUGCAACGCCCUCGCUCUUACUGCCAGGCGUCUCUCGUUCGAUGCAACGCACAACAGUCCAUUUGCAGUGAAAGCUCGAGAGCAUGGCUUAUCAGCAGUUGGUGGAAAGCCCGAUGAUAUCACUCUUGUACUUCUUCUCAUUGCGUGACAGGUGUACGUACAUUAGUGUCAUUUUAGCGAUUAGUGUCUAGUGAUUACUGUAUCUGAGGUUUGUUGUUCGUGCGCAUUUGAGUUUCCGCAAGGAAAUGUGCUACACAUUAUCAGUGCCCAUCGCGAAUUACUGGUCAUACCGGGUCUCUUUUGAAGCAUUAGAUUUCAUUCUGUGAAUCCUAGUUCGUAUUUCGCUUUUUCGUUGGGCGCUGAGGAAAAGACUCAUUUGCUGGAAUCUCGACCAUCUUAUUAUGUUCUUUGCUCAUGGUUGGAGUGGAGCUUGGAUCAUCACUUUGCAGAGGCGUUUUUUCUUCUUGAAGCAUGCAAGUCACCGUGUUGUUAUUGUUAGGAAUUGUAUUAUUGUGGUUUAUACGACCCACAUUUGUGAUAUAAUUUUUUGCUUAGCAGUAAACAUAUUUGCUA